AUGGCGAAUGGCAUGCCUGCAUCAGCUAGCUUUCCUCCAUUGAAUGGUCGGUCAAAUUCCACGCCGGUGGAAGACGGUACCUUAGAGAGGCAUAGUACCAGUGGUCCGCGAAGGAUCAAAUCACCUCGUGCUACUGCCACGCGUGCCGAGAAAAUUCGACGCAGAGGAAGUCCUCAUAUCACCAAAAAUCAAUUACCCGGAGACUCAAACCAGAGCCUCGAUCAUCGUCGCCAUGUGGCUGAGAUCAUAUCCCAAAGAGCGCUGGAUGCAGGAUAUACGCCGACGGAAUCGCAAAACCACAUGCAUGGGGCUUCGCGCCCAGAAUUGAAUCGACGUUCCACGAACCCCAAGCCUCUGACAAGCCAAUCUGCAAAUGAUAUGAAUGGUCGGGGGAGCAUGCUGAAUUCCGGAAAGGCAUCAAGUGACCUAGAGAUGUUCGACCAAAAUUCUACACCAAUUCCCACAGAAGAAAAAAAGACCGAAUAUGAGGGAAUGUUGAAGCAGUUGGAAGUCAAUAAUAUCGAGUUGAAACAAUUGAAAGCAGAAGUGAAAAAUAUUGAAGGAGCUCUUAAGAAAGCCGAAGAGGAUUGUAUUGAGAAGGACAAAGAAUAUGCGGAGACAAAGCAAGAUUUGUCGAAACCGCAGUGGCAGGAGAUGGUUGAGAUGCAUCUGAAGUUGCUUUACGAGCACCAUAAUUUUUUCUUGGCUUCACAUCACCCCAUUGCUGAUGAGGAGCUUAAGCAGAAAGCUGCUGAAAAUGCCAUGCCAUCACGAAUGUGGCGCUAUGGAAUUCACUCAUUCCUCGAGCUCUUGCGACAGAAGCUGCCAAAAUCAUUGGGUCACAUGCAAAAAUUCAUCUACAACGCCUAUCCGAUGAUCACAUUAUUAUUGGAGACUGUUCCGAAAUUCCAAGAAACAUGGAUUGAGUGCCUAGGGGACUUAUCACGAUACCGUAUGGCUAUCGAGGAGUCUGACAUGCGAGAUCGAGAGGUCUGGGCCGGAAUAUCUCGGUACUGGUAUAAUCUAGAUGCAGAUCAGAGGCCUGACGUGGGUCGGAUUCAACAUCACCUUGCAGUGUUGGCUCGACCAGACGGUCUGCAGCAGCUUUUCUACUACACCAAGGCUCUGGUUACUGUGCGUCCGUUUCAUAAUGCCCGAUAUAGCAUUUCUCUUCUCUUCAAUCUCUACAGAGGCCAGCCAGCCAUUCAAAACACAAUGGUUCCAGCCUUUAUUAUGACACAUGGGGUUUUGUUCACACAAGGCACAAAUGAGCAAUUUUUCACCUUUGCUAAUACCUACUUAUCUCUCUUGCGCCGAGAAAUUCAUCUGUUGGAUCGUCAAGGACAACAACAACAACAUCAACAUCAACAUCAACAACAAGGGGUCUAUAUUUCAUCUUGCAACUUUGCCUCGAUCCUGCAAUAUGGUGAAGCUGAUGGGAUAAUGGGACUGGAAUUCAUAAAGAAGGAACGCAAAACCACGGCUGAAGCACAUAGAUUUGCACUUUACUGGACUUCGAACCAAACAUCGGAUCACAGUUCCGCAAUUAUAAGUGGAAUGUCGAUUUCAACCUCAACCUCAGACUCAGUCUCUCCAAUCACUUCUCGCGCGAGCUUUCUCACUUUCCACACCCUGGCUCUCUUCCUCGAGCAGAUUGGCGUUGAAGAAAUAUACCCAGCCAUUCAUACCUCUCUGGCUUUUAUUUGGUGCUUGUCCCUUAAGCCCAUGGCCAUGCAACAACUUGAAACAAUAAUUCCAUGGCUAGCCAUUGCAAAAUUCCUCAACACGCUUCUUCAACAAAAGACCAACUUCGACAAGAUUGAAAACGAAGCCUUCCCCAUCGGUUUCAAGGAAGUCAAAUUGAAGCAACUUUCAGAGGACUUUUUGAUCCGCGGGCAGCUGUGGAGUCAACUCUACUACCCAGAAGAUUUCUUUAAGGAUGCACCCUCCGUUGAUGACAGACCAGUCAUUGAAGAGGAAGCGACAAGGAUCCCAAGACAACAUAGGUGCCUCUGGUUAGGCGUUCGAUUAGCAACGUUUAAUCGGUGGAUGACAUAUAGUCGUACCCAUGGAUUCGUACCAACGCAGCUUGCACAUGAUUUUGCACCUCUUGCAGGAUCUGGCGGUACUCUCAACAGCAGAGCAAUUGUUCCAGGACCAACGACAACACCAGCACCAGCACCAGCACUUGUACCAGUACCAGCUGAUCACGACAUGAGCGGAGCCUGA